GCAACAGUAUUACAGGUGAAAUACAGUCUAACUCAUGAGCUUUAGUCGGAGGUGAAGCCUGACAGCAGAAGAGAUGGCUCUUUUUGGUGAUUUUGUUGCGUCCCUUGGUUUCAGUGCCACCAGUUUUUUAGGGGCUCUUGUUCUCCUGAUCGUCCUCUAUCUCGUGUCCAAUAGUUUGACCUCCCGGGAAUUACGAAAGGUGCCUCCUGGUCCAAGGCCUCUACCCCUGCUCGGCAACCUUCUGCAGCUCGAUCUCAAAAGACCUUACGUCACCCUGUUCGAGCUUUCAAAGAAGCAUGGAUCCGUGUUCACGGUCUACCUUGGAACCAGCAGAGUAGUGGUCUUGGCGGGAUACACGGCAGUCAAAGAUGCUCUGGUCAACCACGCAGAGGACUUUGGAGACAGAGAAAUCUCCCCUAUCUUUUAUGAUUUGAAUCAAGGCCAUGGAAUUCUGUUUGCUAAUGGAGAAUCCUGGAAAGAGAUGCGACGUUUUGCCCUGACCAACCUCAAAGACUUUGGAAUGAGAAAACAACUCUCUGAGCAUAAAGUCUUAGAAGAAUGCCAAUAUCUGAUUGAAGUGUUUGAAAAGCAGCAAGGGAAACCCUUUUAUACAGAAGGGCCGUUAAGUUAUGCUACAUCCAAUAUAGUCUCUGCUAUUGUGUACGGCAGCCGGUUUGAAUACAACGACCCCCAAUUCAUAAGUAUGGUGAAGCGAUCCAAUGAAACCGUAAGGAUUGUGGGCUCCACACAAAUCCAGGUUUACAACAUGUUUCCCAGGCUGUUCAGUUGGACAAAAGAACGGCAGCUUUUGGUUAAUAACCGGACGGAGACUGUCAGAGAUGUCAAAGAACUAAUCAUGCAUCUAAAAGACACACUGAACCCUCAGUUGUGCAGAGGCCUUGUCGACUGUUUUCUGAUCCGGAUGCAAAAGGACGAGGAGGCUUGUGUCAAGGACACUCGAUAUAAUGAGAACAACUUGAUAUUUACAGUGACCAGCCUGUUUUCAGCUGGCACUGAUACCACAGCGACAACUCUGAGAUGGAGUUUGCUGUUUAUGGCUAAAUAUCCACAUAUUCAAGACCAGGUGCAGGAGGAGCUGAGCAGGGUGGUAGGAAGCCGUCAGCCUCGAGUGGAGGACAGAAAGAACCUGCCGUACACUGAUGCUGUUAUUCAUGAGACACAGAGACUGGCCAACAUUGUCCCCCUUUCCAUUCCUCACAAAACCAGCCGAGACGUCACCUUCCAGGGCUUCUUCAUCAAAAAAGGGACCACUGUGUUUCCUCUUCUUACUUCUGUCCUUCAUGAUGAGAGUGAAUGGGAGACCCCGCACUUUUUUAACCCUUCCCACUUCCUGGAUGAGGAUGGGAAAUUUUUUCGGAGGGAUGCCUUUAUGCCUUUUUCUGCAGGUCACAGGGUGUGUCUGGGUGAAAGUCUGGCUAAGAUGGAGCUCUUCCUCUUCUUCAGCUCCCUCCUCCAGCGCUUUCGUUUCACUCCUCCACCUGGAGUGAAAGAGGAGGAUCUGGAUCUGACUCCAGCUGUAGGCUUCACCAUCCCCCCAUCACCUCAUGAGCUGUGUGCCGUCAGUCGCUAAUGAACACGAGAGCUGGAGUAUGGCUUCACACUGGUGACCAUGGUAUGAACAGGGUUUAACUCACAGGCAGCAGAAAAGUACAUCUAUGAGCG